UGCAGUAAACAAACAUUUUGUUUCAUCUGCAGAAUCGAGUUGACAUCAGUGAUGUGGAUCCAGAUGUCUUUAGGGAAAUGAUGGGCUUCAUUUAUACAGGGAAGGCGCCAAACUUGGAAAAAAUGGCAGACAAUUUGCUGGCAGCUGCUGAUAAAUAUGCUCUGGAGCGUUUAAAGGUCAUGUGUGAGGAGGCCUUGUGCAACAGCCUUUCAGUGGAGAAUGUGGCCGACACCCUCAUCUUGGCUGACUUGCACAGUGCCGAGCAACUCAAAGCACAAGCCAUAGAUUUUAUCAACAGGUGCAGUGUCCUGAGACAGCUGGGCUGUAAAGAUGGAAAGAACUGGAAUAGCAAUCACGCCACAGACAUAAUGGAGACCGCAGGCUGGAAGUCAAUGAUCCAGUCCCAUCCUCACUUGGUAGCCGAAGCCUUCCGUGCCCUGGCUUCCGCACAGUGCCCACCCUUUGGUCUUCCGAGGAAGCGCCUAAAACAGUCCUGACUGCCCGACUUUGCUCCUGGACUAUAAAGAAGGGUAUGAAGCAUGGAGGUUUUUACAAAGAAAAGGACUAGUGAGUGUGCCACUCUUUUAUUUCCACCAAAACUGAACACACUUGAAUAAAGAGGAGUGGAGCUUUCUGACCAGAGACAUUGAGGGGGGAGGCUGGCACAUGGAAGUUUGACAUCUGUGGAUUGGAAAACAAUUGAUUCAAUCGGUGUUGCUUGCUUUGCUGCCCCGGCUGAACUCUGUUUAGCGCGGGCAGCAAGCCAAGUUCUCUUCUACAUUUUUUUUUUUCCUGUAAUUUUCAAAAUGGCCUUAAUAUAUCUGCCAUUGCUCUGGAACUGCUCAAGAGCACUUCGUCUAUUUUACUCCGUGCCUGCCUUGUCACAAAGACCAGGCCUCCUCCAGGUUGCACUAGUUCCCAUGUAUAGUCAUUUUGAUAUGGAGUUCUAUAGGAACGUAACAAAGGUUUAACUAAAUGGGAAAUAUUAUAUAUUUGUAAUGUUUAGCCCGUUUUGUGACUAGACAUUAAAAAGCAUGAACACUCAGUGCAAGGUCAGUUCUUUACACUUUUUGAAAAUAUGCGUAUGCCCCAUAUUGAUGGCACCAUUUCUAUGUAAAUGACAAUUGAACCAUCUUUAGAAGACCAAUGUACAAGAAAGUGUGUUCUAUUGUGUAUUUGUCAGGGGGAGGGGGGGUAGUAAUCUGCUAUUUUGAAGGCAAGUGUCAAUCCAUGUAAGAUGGAAAAGUGUCUGUUUGGCCCAAAUCUACGAAAACAUUGGACAUUUAUGGAAAUAUGUCCUCCGUCUCCCAUUCAAAUUACAUAUUCCAGAUCAUACAUCUGUGAACUCUUACUAAAAAAAAAAAAAGAAAAUUUGUUCCUUUUUAGUAUUGCCAACUUUCAAAUAUAUAUGCUCAGUAUAUUGUGGUGAACUAAAAGUGGAGAGACUAAUGCAUGGUUGUUUUAUUGUCAAAAGAAAGUGUCAAAAGUUCCAGUUUUGCUUUUAACAGCUUAUUUUCUGCAAUUAUUCGACAUCUGUGCAGAAGUACAUGAAUUGAGUAAAAGGUUCCUCUAACAUGCUUGGAUAUCUGUAGGAUGCUGAGCAUCACUUCUACUGGCGAUGUUAUUCUGUGUUUCAAUAGGGGGGGUAUUGUCAUGGUUAUUCAGUCCGUCUUGUAUGUAGUGUGGUGUGACAGACACUUCGGAGGAUUUUGUAAAGUGAGAGUAGCAUCAUUUUUCGAUGAUAUUACUCAUCAAUCAACGCCACGUUGAAAACUUUGGAAAAAAUUAUGAAGUUGUUGUCUGCAAGAAUGCCUGCAUUAACCCAUUAAAACAUUUUCCAGCAGUC